GCUGGUGUUUGUGCCGCGCCAUUCCCACCAGCCCACAUCCCGAUCGACAACAAGCGAAGCUGCUGCUGCACCACCCAAAGACCCGAAGAAUUGAUCUGCGUCCAAUCCGCACAUCCACACGACGAGCGUGACAAUGGCUGAAGACAAAGGCAUGAGCAAGCAGCCUGGAGCGCUGCGCUCCUUCAUUGCUGGCGGCGUUGGUGGCGUGGCCCUUGUGAUUGUUGGUCAUCCUCUCGACACGAUCAAGGUUCGGUUGCAGAACAUGACCCAUGUGCCCGGGAAGCCACCCCAAUACUCUGGCCUGUUCGAUUGCGCCCGGCAGACCGUGACCAAGGAGGGGUUCUUUGGACUCUACAAGGGAGUUGCUGCGCCUCUGGCUGGCGUUGCUCCAAUGUUCGCCCUGUGCUUCCUCGGCUACAGCUACGGCAAGAAGCUGUUCUGCGACGAAGAUGCCAUUGAGAACAGGAAGCUUGGCCAGCUCGCCCUUGCCGGCGCAACCUCCGCCCUCUUCACCACCCCGAUCAUGGCCCCUGGCGAGCGUGUCAAGUGCCUCCUCCAAACUCAGAACGCUGCGGAGAAGCCCAAGUACAACGGCACCAUGGACGCCUUCAAGCAGCUCUACAAGGAGGGCGGCCUGCGCAACGUCAACCGUGGCCUCAUCGCCACAUUUGCCCGCGAUGCUGUUGGUUCUGCUGUCUACUUUUCCGGCUACGAAGUCUUGAAGCUGGCCUUCACCGCCGAAGGCGAGCGUGGACCGAGCGUGCCUGGCCUGCUGCUUGCUGGCGGUCUGGCCGGCAUGGGCAACUGGGCCGUCUGCCUCCCUAUCGACACUGUCAAGACACGCUUCCAGGUUGCCCCCAACGGCCGUUACUCUGGUUACCUCCCCGUGCUCGCAGACAUCAUCAAGACUGACGGCGUGGGUGCUCUGUUCCGCGGCUUCAGCGCUGUCAUGGCGCGCGCGUUCCCGGCCAACGCGGCCUGCUUCGUCGGCUAUGAGUUUGCGCUCUGGCUCACCGACAGGAUGGGCAUGGAGUAACCAAGCUGCGUGUGUGUGUGCGUGUGCGUGUGUAGCCUUGCAGCUCUCUCCCCUCCCCAGCGCCUGCUGUUAUCAUUCAUUUCCUAUCUCACGGCCCUUUCCCUCGCUCGGCGGUGACUGACUGUUCUUUCUUUUCGCUGCUCGUUGUCUCCUCUGCCGUACACAAUACGCGAGGUUGAUUCUUUCCCUCCACUUCCUGCCUCCCCGAUCUCCUUGGUCACCGGAGUCAUGUUUCUGGUUUCUCUCGCAGCAGUGUUAGCAGCGUUGGUUGCACUGUUGGGCAUAGCUUCUGUCCUUUCCCGUUCUUUUAGUGUUGCAUCAAUACAGCCCAAGACAUCCA